AUGGCUUCUUCUUCCACAAUCAAACCGCUCCUCCUGCACGCCCACCACAAUGGGCCCAACCCCAUCAAGAUCGCCAUCGCCCUGGAGUUCCUGCAGGUGCCGUACACGUUGCGGCUGUGGCAGGGCGGCGACGAUCCGGAGCAUGGCGUCAAGGGAACCGCGUUCCUCAAGAUCAACGAGAACGGCCGCGUCCCGGCCCUGGAAGACCCCAACACGGGCGUGACGUCCUGGGAGUCCGGGGCGGUCAUGAACUACAUCCGUCGCGUCUACGACAAGGACAACAAGAUCGGUCCCCGGGGCGACACUGAGCAGGACCGCGUCGACUUGGAGAAGUGGGAGUACCUGCUUUUAACCACCUUGGCCCCCAUGAGCGGGCAAUUUCACAACAAGACGAAAAACGAAGAUGCACUGGAGCGAUACCAGGGGCAGACUUUGCGGUGCUAUGAUAUCCUCGAGGGCCAGCUGAGGAAGACCAACGGUGCCACGAUCAUCCCGGGUGGCUACACCUCCGUCGACUGCCAUUACGAGCCGUGGAUUCGUCUGCACGGCUUUGCAGGCCUGACGCUGGACAAGCACCCACUCAUUGCGAAGUGGUUCCACGCGUUCGGAGAGACGAAGGAGGUCAAGGCGGCAUAUGGGAAGAUCAAGGAGGCGGCAGGGCAGGUAGAGUAG